AUGUCAAGUCCUCCGCCGUCCACCGCCAUAACCCCAGGUCGCUCCCUGGGGUUCAUGACGCUUGGCGCCUCACUCCAUGACAUCCUCACUCGAAUCAAGGCCCAGCCUUCCCUCUACCCCAAGAUCCAGCUCCUAUUCGAUCCCAAGUAUCCGUUGCGCAUUCCAGUCGUCAUCACCUUACCAGAGAACGGCAUCCGCCUGCGUUUCGACGGCCCUGACCAACGCCUACGGCUCAUUGAGGUCAUCGACUUCACCAAGACAAAGCUCAGUUACAAGAAUACCGAGGUCGUGAAGGCCGGAGAAGGUGCUGUCAGCGCUCUAGGUGCCCAAGCUGGCCCGACAGGUCCUCGCUUUCGCCAUGUUUACGACAGGUUGCUUGGUCCGACGUAUGCUGGAGAGUAUAUCCCUCCCGCUGCUGACGAUACCAAGGGAGUUGGAACAUACGUCUUAUCAUACCCUGGAAUUGCCUUCAACUUCCCUCUGCUAGCUUCUUCAUGGUCUGCCGAUAAAGACUUCGUCUCUUUGUUGUCGUCUCAUGCCGCAUCUGCAGCUACAUCCAUGGCUAUCUUCCACGGCGAGUCUUGGUCCAAAGCGCGGGGUACUCUGUUUACCCAUACUCCUCCCAACCCCAGAUCCCUGGAGCUUGCGGCCAAGGCGAAUGUUGCCGAUGAUAUAGAAGUCGCCAGAAUCUACGGUGAAGGCCGUAUCGAACUCGUCAGGCGCUCCAGCCCACCCUUCUGGAUCAAUUUGAGCGAGACCACCCCGCAGGAUCUGAUCACCGAACUGGGGCCGCCGGAUGCCAUCUAUCGCAAGAAUGAUAACCGCCUUUCCAUUCAUGGAAACAAGCAGAACACCCUAGAUGCUCUCAGUAACAGUGUUGGCUCGAUGGCAUACGGAGAUGCCGAAUCCUCUGACACUGAUGACCAUGAAUCAUUCACGGGCUCUGAACCAGAAGAGUCCGAGGGAUCUGAGGAUGGUGGGAAAGUUUACCUGGAUACAGAUGACUCAACAUCGGUAGAACAUUUCUACAACUACUUCCACCACGGCUUCGAUGUACUCAUUUCGAGGCCGACUGCAAUUUCCACCGCUUCGCCGACUUCACACCAUGAGCCCCGCGAGAUUCCCAAGGAUUUUCCGAACUCCAGAAAUAACCUAGUUGCAACCAAAGUCAUCUUCCACGGAAACGUUCCUGGUUCAUAUCCUUUCAACCGCCACCGAAGGAGCCGCUGGACGCUUGAGCAUGUCCCGACAGAGCUGUAUAGAGAAUCUCUUACAUCCGAAAUGUCCUUUACGGACGUCAAGGGCCGUCUUUGUGAAGCCUUCAAGUCGGCAUGUGCGACAGAAGAGGAAGAACGCUCGAUGCAGCGCGGGAUGGUACUAAACCGAGGCUGGGGCGACAGUCCAGGCAGCAGCUGCGAGCUCCUUGGUGGAUUCGAGGAAGCAACAAGCUCACCAGUUCAGAAGAAGAAGGGCCGCUCUGGCGGAGCAUCUGCUGCGCCAGCCGUUGACUCGACGUUCGGCAUUAGUGAGAUCUUUGGCUUCCCGGGCUUGAUCUUCGAAGUGCUGAAGAAUGAUACUGUCAGCACCCUGACAGUCAUCUGA